AUGCCGGUGAAGGUGUGGAGGAGGUUGGUUCAGAUACAAAGGGAGUUCCUUUGGGGAGGUGUUGGAGUGGGGAGGAAAAUCAAUUGGGUUAAAUGGAGUAAGGUUUCUCAACCGAAAGAUAAAGGGGGCCUUGGCAUUAGGGAUAUUAGGCUUGUGAAUUUAAGUCUUUUGUCCAAAUGGAGAUGGAGAAUUUUACAAGGGGAGGAUGCUUUGUGGAUAAAGGUGUUGAAAGAAAUGUAUGGGACCGAGAUUGAAAACUUAUUGGAAGUGGGGUUGGAUAGUUGGCCUCGGUUUGCUUCUAAAUGGUGGAUAGAUGUUGUGAAGAUAGAUGAGGGAGAAGGUGGUAGUUGGUUCAAUACGGAGGUAACUAGGAGGGUGAAGAACGUCAAUAACACUCCUUCUUGGAAUACAAAAUUGUGGGGAGGUACGUCCUUUAAGGUUAAAUACCCAAGACUUUAUUCUAUUUCAAACCAAAAGGAUGCAAAGGUAGCGGAGAUAUGGUCGGAGAGGGAAACUGAAGGUGGUUGGAAUUUUAUUUAG